UCCCCAAAGUAUCAGGCUACCAACAUGCGCAACGCUGUGAAUUUCUCCUUCCUUCGUUUACGUACGUCGGAUCGCAGAAGUGAUUUGCUUUGAGGCAGUAGGCCAACAGCGACAUCUCACCGGAUGCGACGCGGUAGAGUCGCCGUGUUUGUGACUGAUGUUGUCACACCCUCUUUUAUUAGCCAUUUACAGGAAUCUCACACGAGACAACCUGUCGAUAUCACGAAUUCUCAUAAACAAGGUAGUCAGAAUUUGUCACAUUGAGACAGCUAUGUCACUUUGAUGAAGUACGGAAGAACAGGUCCACACUACGGCUCGCAUUGUGCCUGUGCAGAACCAGAGACGAUUGACUCUCUUCCCACUUCCCCGCCUUUCGCUGAACCUUGCGAACAGCCUCGACCACGCAGCACUAUUUAUCGCAUCCCGUGGACCGCAUCACUCAUUACGGGAGUUGUAGGGAAGUCUCUGUGGUGGCGUAUGCUACAGGUCUUGUGUAGAUAACGUGUGCAACCGGAAUCUUUUGCUGGACCCCGUUUCCGUAAGCCAAGCCGUGCGACACUUUCGUUCAAACAUACUGGAACAGGACAUUCAUGCAGUCCGUUGACAUCAAGAAUAUGUCGGACGUAAACAACUAUGCGACGUUGACGAGCCGUUCACCCCUGGUGCGGUGUCUCGCGGAGACUUGCGCUUGCUUUCUUCGGAAUCGCGGCCCGUUCACACCAGCCCGAACAAUGCAAUCGAGGCAUGAAUUGGGUUUUCAGGGGCCGUAUCAAAAACGCACCAAACACGGACAAGCACACGUAACACACAACCCACAACCUUGGGAAUUCAGCAGGGCCUACCCCUUUACGUCCUCACGUCACAUUUUACUCGGCGACACAACGACUUUUUGGACCUAAACGCGGCUCCCUCGAAGCUGUGGAAUUACAUAAGAUGAACAGCCCUUGAAGAAAAAUAAAAAUGUUUCCAUGACAUCUUCUCGUUGCAGAUACGAACCCGGAAACGACUAGCCAGGGAAAGGAAAAAAGGACACACUGAGGUCAGACUCGAGUCAGGUCAAAAUCGCGACGGAGUCUUGCCUCCCUAAACGACCUGCAACCGUAGGUUUUCUCGACUUGUACCCGCAUAGAAUUACCGAUAAGAGUGACAUAAUAUCAUCCAAAUUACUCGUAGUUGCCGUGAAACUACCUCACUGCUGACGUAGAUCUCCUGGCUGUCAUUUGGACAGUUUCUGGCGUUGAGAGUACCGCUUUUUGGCGACGGAAAGCUACGAACAAUUUGUGCCUUCUUAGACAAUGAUGCCCACGAACAACCACUCCCAGGGAACACGGAAAUACGUUCGGUAGUGCGUACCGCGCCGGCACGAUUUCUGUCCUCGGCACCUUUUACCAGAACGCCUCUCCCGCUGGUUAAUUCUUUGUUCUUUCCGAGCGUAUGGACCGGCUUGUUUGACGUUCUGGAACUCCACUGGAAUUAACCGCAAAACGCAACUCAGUUCGUCGUCCACCGGUCCCCGAAAAGACAGUUUCCUCGCGAUGAUUCGUCUCAAAGGGUACGCCUUCACCGUUUCUUGAAUACGGGCAAAAGCUAUGCGCCCCGUAUCCUGUGUGUUUCAACCGA